CGGGCGGGUGACGCCAUCGGCGUGUGGCGGCGGUAUCGGAGGCCCCCACGCACGUGUCUCCUAGGCGACCAGCAGCCGCCGCCGCGGAGCGGCAGCAUGAGGCGGCCCAACGUUUUGCUUACCGGUACUCCGGGUGUUGGGAAAACCACACUCGGAAAAGAACUUGCAUCAAGAGCAGGAAUGACCUAUAUUAACGUGGGUGACAUGGCAAAAGAAGGAGAACUGUACGAAGGUUUUGAUGAGGAAUACGAUUGUCCGAUUUUGGAUGAAGACAGGGUAAUUGAUGAACUAGAAGAUAAAAUGAGUGAGGGUGGAGUUAUUGUCGAUUAUCACGGCUGUGAUUUUUUCCCUGAACGAUGGUUUCAUAUAGUAUUUGUACUUCGUACGGAAAAUUCAUUUCUGUAUGACAGACUUGAAAGCAGGGGCUACAAAGGGAAAAAGCUGCAAGACAACAUUCAGUGUGAAAUUUUUCAGACGCUUUAUGAGGAAGCUAUGUUGUCAUAUAGAGAGGAAAUUGUACACCAGUUACCCAGCAACACCCCGGAAGACCUAGAGAGAAAUUUGGAUCAGAUUAUGCAAUGGAUUGAGCAAUGGAUGAAGGACAACAAUUGACAUUUGGUGCAAAAGUAACUCUGCUGGUUUUCUUCCUGACAGGGUUUAAUAAAUUAUAUUCAUAAUUCUUGUAUGAUAAAUUAAAAUUAAUUUUAUUGUGAUUUGAUACAGGUGGGGACUAGAAGAAGGUUCAGAAUAGCCAGGUUGUAAGGCUUUGGAACAGCCUCUGAAGCACUCUGGGAGAGGCACACAGGAGAACUGACACAAGUGAAAAUUCAGCAGUGCAUGAAACAAUGAAAAUGACAUGAUUGCAGGAACUAGGUUCAGUAAUUGAGAAUUUUUUUGAGCUUACAAUUCAAACUAAACCAUUCCCACUGUCCUCCCAAAAAACUGUAAAAUCCUGAUAACUGAUGGCAGUUGAGGAGCUUUUGAUUUCUAAAGGAUAAAACGGUGUCCUGAAAAGGAGUUAGUCUGCUCCUGAAUUGUUAGACUAAACCCUGCUAUACUCCACUGUAUUCUUGAAUGUGUGGAGGCUAAGGUAGAGCGAGGGGAGUAUGAUACGGUGUAAGGAGGUUGCUUCAUUUUGGAAGUGACUUGGUAAGAGAAUUUUGUAAAAUGAUUACACAGAACUUUGGGAAUUACUUACAGUGUAAGGAAACUGGCUACAUCUGCACUGAUGUGGAACAUUAAACAGUAAGUUUUCUUUCUCCUUUUUCUCUCUGUAUUCUUCAUUGACCAUCCCAAUCAUGGAACAUAUUUAACACUGUAAGUUUAUCAAGGAACUGUAUCAUUUGGCAAGAUAACGAACCUGCACUGAUACAAAACAUGCUUACACUUAAAAUACUGGCAGCCAUCUGUUCUAAUUACUUGUGAAGCCUGGGUCCCAUGAGAGCAUGGCUGUGCAAAGUAGAAAUAACCUUCACUGAAAAGGUGGCUUGUAAGCCUUGUGAAAGAUCCUGUAGAAAGUGCUUGCUAAUAAACUUCUUGUAUACAGGAGUUGGAAUAGUAAAACGUUGCUUGAAAAUUUC